CAGUGUUUCACUGGGCUGACUAUCUCGUACUCGUACUUGUUAUCGUUUUCUCCCUAGGAAUAGGCGUUUACUAUGCAUUUACAAGCGGGAACUCACUCGAGUCGUAUCUAUUGGGAAACAGGAAGUUACGAUUAAUACCGACAGCGCUUUCCCUUAUGGUAUCGCUAACUGCGUCGGGGACCUUACUGGGGCUAACUGCGGAAAUGAACUAUGGAGGAUCGAUGUUUUGGCUCGGCUGUGUGGGUACCGUUCUAGGUAUCAUCUUUGCAGAGAGGUUCUUUGUAACUGUGUUGUAUCCGUUGAAGCUUGUCAGCGCGUAUGAGUACCUCGAGCUGAGAUUUAAGUCUAAAAUGGCGCGACAGACGGCCAUGAUCACUAUGAGCAUUACAAUGGUGACAGUGAAUGGCUUAACUCUUUAUGGCCCAUCAUUGGUGCUGAAGAUAGCAACCGGACUUCCCAUAUGGGCGUCGAUCUUGAUCCUGUCGGCCUUGGCAACAAUAUACACGACUGUAGUAAGUGGCAUCAAAGCAGUUGUUUGGGCUGACACGUUUCAGUUUCUAAUUAUCUUUAUUGGACUUAUAGUUGCCAUAGUUAUGGGUUGUAUGGAGGUAGGAGGUAUAACAAAAGUCUGGGCACUGUGCAGAUAUUGGGGCAGAAUUCAAUCCCCCGAUUUUGACCCCGAUCCGAGGACAAGACACACAUUUUGGGGCUUAACCUUAGGCUUGAUGGGACAAUCUCUUGCAAUGUAUGGUCCCCUGCAGACGUCAGUGCAACGCUAUUCAUCACUUCCAACCAUCAACAGGGCCAGAUUUUGCCGUAUUACAUACUUGAUGUAUUUGGGAGAGUUCCAGGUAUCCCGGGGAUUUUUCUGGCAACAAUCAUAUCCGCAGCAUUGA